AGGUCACUUCACCUGGGAUAAAUACCUGAAGGAGACAUGUGCCAUCCCAGCUCCUGCUCAUUGCUUCAAGCAGUCGUACACUCCACCUGCCAAUGAAUUCAAGAUCAGCAUGAAACUGGAAGCGCAGGACCCCAGGAACACCACGUCCACAUGCAUCGCCACCGUGGUGGGUCUGACGGGCGCCCGCCUCCGCCUGCGCCUCGAUGGCAGCGACAACAAGAACGACUUCUGGCGCCUGGUGGACUCUGCCGAGAUCCAGCCCAUAGGGAACUGUGAGAAGAACGGGGGGAUGCUGCAGCCUCCGCUGGGCUUUCGGCUGAAUGCCUCCUCUUGGCCCAUGUUUCUUCUGAAGACUUUGAAUGGAGCAGAGAUGGCUCCUAUCCGGAUAUUUCACAAGGAACCACCAUCUCCAUCCCAAAACUUCUUCAAGACAGGUAUGAAGCUGGAGGCAGUGGACAGGAAGAACCCUCACUUCAUCUGCCCGGCCACCAUUGGGGAGGCUGGUGCUCGCUGACGGGAGAUAAUCUGCAGCCCCCUGGAACAAAAG